AUGCGUAUCUUCGUGAAAACCAGUGUGGUAUUAUUUGUAUUUGAUCAUUUUAUAAUACUAUAAAUUUUUCGUAAUUAGUACCAUUAAAGUUUCAUAUUGUUAAUUAUUUAUUAAUAUAGAAUAAAGAAGGAAUUUUUUAAAUCCUGAAAAAAAUUAUUUAAUUAAUUUGUAAAAAAGAAUUAAAAAUUUUUUGAAAAAAAUAGCGGAUACCUAAGUAUAAAGAAGAUAUCAUAUAUUUUCCAUCUAUAUAUUUGCUUUAGGACGUAUUACAUUUCUUAUGCAUUUUUGUUUCUACUAUAUUAUUUUUUUUUUUAUAUAUUUAAAGUUUUAUAGUAUAAUAAUGUUGUUUUUAGAGAACUUUCAGAAAAGAAUAAAUUGAUUCUUCCAGAGUCAUUACAAAAUAUAAUUUUAAAUUUGCGUUGUUACGAAACUCAUGUACAUAGUGUAUACGAAUGGGAUUAAAAGUUUGUAAUUCAAUUAUUCUUUUUUUUCCAAGCAAUUGCAAAAUCUCGAGAGUCUCAGAUAAUUCUAUUUAAGGGGACGCGAGGAUGCUGCGUGGAAUAAGCAAAGACUCCGCGCAGUAUCCAGAACUUCCGAAGGAAGAAUUUCUCGCUUUGCUUCUGGCGGACGAUGUCGUUGUGGACAUCGUUACAAACAAUACGAACGUGGCUUUAUCGGGAAAUAGAAGAGUCGUCGAGGAAGAAGAGCGACUCUGCCUGCACGUUCCGGACGAACUUCCUUACUUCGUGAUUAGGAACAAAGGACGUGAUAUAGCGGAUCUGCCGCUUUCUUUUAAAUAUCGCGUACCGUUAACUCUCCGUAGCGAAGUGCAGAACUUCAAAGUGGUAUAUCAAAUUGUUCGUUUUCUGAAGUUAAAUUUAAACAAUUAAGAAUUAAUGAAAGAGUUUUUAAAAAUUUUCAUAUAUUUUAAAACAUAAUAAACCAAAUAUAUAUCUUUUUUAAAUAGUUGUAUAUAUGAUAAAUAAAAGCAAGAAAGAAGAUUUGUUUCGUUUAAUAAUCUUUGAUGAGAGGAAUCACUGGAUCUUCUUUCAAAGAUCUUUUUUCGAAGAAAAGCGUUUCGUCUCCGCAGAGGGUCAAGAUGUCUUUGCGACUGAAUAACCCGUACCUCUCGAUAACCGAUCGUUGUUAUCGCGAAGGUGUUCUCGAGGAGCGGAUCAAAAGCGCGGGAAAAGCAAUAUUACGGGCAUUCAGUUUCGGGGUGGGUCGAGAAUAUCUCGCUAUC